GUUACGAAGGAGUUGCUCUUCAAGGCCGCGGAGACGUCCUGGUCAUGCUUGCCGUCAAAGUACACGGCUCGCGAUUUCGACCAUCCCUUUCUCGCGGAGGACAUCGGCAACUUUCAGGCCUACAAGGACGCGAAGAUGUCGAAGCCUUUGCUGGGGAGAAGGCCCUGGAAGAGCACCUGCCGCGACUCCUUGUGGCCCCGGACCUGCUCCUACUGGGUAUCAAUGCACUCCCUCGCCGCGAGGGCAGAUGAUCUGUCCUUGGGCGAGGAUUUGCUGGACGCGGUGGUGCCCAUCAUCGCCGGGGGCGCUACCUUCUGCGGGGGCUGCACCCGACACUUCCGGGCGCUGAUGAAGCCGGUGCUCAGUCCCCCGGUGGAAGCCGGCCUAUCCAGAGUCUUCUGA